UUUAUUUCUUGCUUUGUUGUAUGUAGGAUUGGAGAUUAGAACGAAAGGAAAAUCGAGUGAGGUGAUACCCAUAGAGGAAUGAGAUUAGAGCAAACAAAACGGGGAGAAUGCUAUUUCGUGUGGCAAUUCCAUUUCCACCAACAUCAUCAGCUUUGUCUCAUCAAAUACACCCUUAUUUUUCCCAUAUUAGAAUGUCUAGGAAUGUUGUGGGUGCAAACAACACCGUGAUGAAGACCAAUUCGAUUGCGCCUCUUACUACUAUCACCAGAGCAAUAAGCAGCUGCUAUAAUACGACUACGAGAGCUACCGGCACCAUUCUUGCAGCGGCGUUAAUCUUCUCAGUUGCUGCAGUCGAACCACAACAACAAUCUCAGUUGGAUACUCUGUCCAAUAUCCCACAGAUCCUUUCCGGCGAAUGUGCUUCUCCUACCGACUGUAAGAAAGCGAGGAUUCAACGGCCAAAGUCGAGGAAGGCAGAGGCAUGUACCACCAAGUGCGUCACAACUUGCAUCCGAGGUGGUGCUGGCUCCCCUGGCGAAGGUCCUCUCAACGCCAGAGGGCCCAUUGUAGUCUUCAAGCAAGGGUUUCGAAGUCGCCGGUACUGCUUGGUCGAGUGCUCCGACAUAUGUAAUCUAAUCAAAGAUGGUGAAGACGGACCAUAAAUUGAAUUUUUUUUUUUUUUUGGUUUAUUACUUUCAAACAUUUAAAGUUAUCCAUUCAUGUUUGUCCAAUGACAUAGUAUAUAUGUAUACCUGAAAUUCAAGUGUAUUUCAGUAAUCUUUUUCUGUUGAGGUGUAAAGACAUUCUUUUUUACUAACAAACAAGCAUCCAUUUUAUAGGUGCAAGUU